UCUGGUGAACCACCAGUCUGACAGAACGAUAGAAUUGUAUUAGACAUAUCACAAAUCAUUAUUUUUGCAUUUAUUGUACUUCUGUCGGCAAUAUGAACAUUUUAAAUGUUGACAGAUACUGCUAGACUCCCCCAGGUGUAUCGUGGUGGAUUCUACCGCGUUCCCGCAAUAAGGUGGAUUUUUAACUUGCUUUUGAAUUUCGCGUGAACUGUCAGUGAUAUAAGUAGGAGGAACCUUUUUGGGAAAGCAGACCCAAGAAAAGUAAGCAGCGACACAGAGUUCACUGAGUUAGUCAACAGUUUCCUUUGGAUUACUGAAGGGUCAGCGGCAUACAUGUACAACUACGGAAACCUGGGCAGAGGAAUCGAUCGGACCUUCCCAGAUAACGGCUCUGGAUCAGGCUCGAGCUCAGCGAAUCUCGCUACCAGCGCGGUCACAUCUCAACAACAACAGCAGAAAUAUUCUGUGGCAGGAUCCAGUCAGUUUGUGCCCAGUCUCAAUGCCAUAACUUCAAACCAGGACCUUCAAUGGAUGCUUCAACCGUCCAUUCUAGGCACCCCGGGACCAUCCAGGGCACUUCGACCAUCCUACCCAGUGCUGCCAAGAAUCCCAUCUAUGAAUCCUCAGCUUUCCCAAUCACAUCUGUCCCGGCCGGGAGUUAUUAGAGCAGCUAUGGCUGUUGGCAGCUCAACAAGAAGCAGAAAUGAUGAACAUCUAUCCUUUGAGGAACUUGAGCGGCGUAGAAUUAGAAGGGAACGUAACAAAAUGGCUGCGGCUAAGUGCAGAAAUCGUCGACGUGAACUGACUGACACAUUGCAAAAUCAAACUGACCAACUAGAGGAUGAAAAGUCACGUCUGCAGAAGGAGAUCGCUGAGCUUCAGAAGGAGAAAGAGAAGCUUGAGUUGGUCCUUGAAGCCCAUAGACCCAUCUGCAAAGUCCAGGACUCAGACUCAGAGUCUGACUCCAACAGUGACCUCCCGACGCUGAGUGGAAUCAAGAUUGAGCCUGUGGACACUGAUCUUCCUAGACCUUCAAGAGAAUCACAGAGUCGCGCCAAGCUUAAUAAACCCAAGCCCAAAAUUAACAUCCCACCUCCGGCUUCAGCCUCCACUGUCACCAGCAUACCUCUGGAAUCAGAGUCUCUUCACACUCCUGUCCUCAUCUCUACUCCAUCUCUGACCCCUUUUACCGCCAGCCUGAUCUUCAGCUACCCCUCUUCUUCACAGGAUACCAGCUCUGCGACUUCAUCCCAAGCUCUCAAUCUCACCAGCUCUCAUAGUACCAGCCAGUCUUCUCAUAACCCUCAGCCAUGUGGCGUCGCUCAUCGCCGCAGCAGCAGCAGUGGAGAUCAGUCAGAUCACUCUCUCAAUUCACCAACCAUCCUCACCCUUUAAUUUCUCAUCUGCUGAGGGAAAAAGUGUUUAUGAUUUCCAAAAGUGUCCUUACUACUACAUACAAGCAUAUAUAUGUUAUGCUUUCACCUGUGUAUUCUGUUUACCGUUAUUAAUGGCAGUUAUCAAUCAACUUGAAUGCAUUAUAAAAAUACAGAAGCACCAGUUAAAGGUGAUGUGUGUAACGUUUUUGACGUUAAAACACGUUUUCCUAUCUCAGCAUAGUAAGGAGACCAGCAAUGCAAUUCGUAGGCAUGAACCAAUAAUUAUUGGAGUAAGUUUUCAGGAAAAGUUUUUUUGCCAUUUCAUUCAGUGACGCUAGUGGAGUAGAAAUUACACACUUCACCUUUAAACAUGUGUAGUGCAAAGUGAAAUGUAUUAUCAUCCUUCAUAUGAAGUAGACUGAAAUUCUUACAGCACACAAGUAUGUAACACUGAAAAGAAAACCGACUGACUUUUAAGUCAUAAUGUUUGACUGUAGUGGCAUUAAUAUUAGUAUUACUGAUUUAUAGUAAUUUACUUCAGCUACAUAUUUAGUGUACUGGUGAUGGUAAUGUAGCAGUUAAAAAUCUGGCCUGUUAGCAAAAGGUUUAGAGGUUGCUUUGGGAGUGAAAGCACAGUGUAGAUCUAUCACCAUUAUGCCUUUCAGGAAGGGAUGUCAGUUACUUCAGGAAAGCCAUUUUUAAAGAGAGUCUAUUACGUUAUUUAUUAUUACGUUACCAAUUUUAGAGAUGUUAAGGUCUCAACUGAAAUGUGGAUUAGAAUUUUUAUUGGUUAUACUAUCUUGCUAUGCACAUGUUUGUGGAUUUACACAAUGUAAUGUCUUGUAAUUUUAUGUUUUUAAUCUUGGUUUUAAGAGAUACAGCGUUAUAAUAACAGUGUAUGCUGAAUAAGCUAGUUUUAAAGAAACUGAAGGGAUGCAGCCUACCUGGUUCUUCACAUACAGUGUCUGCAAGACCACAACCCAACACUGAGAAUGUGCACUUCAAUGACAGUUCACUGUUACACUGGUUACAAAAAUGAUAUUUUACCUUCACAAAACACUUCAACUGUUACUAUACAGGAUGUUUUCACUACAAGUGCAAAGGUGUGUGAUUCUCAGGCCAGUAGAAGUAAAUUAUAUAUACUUUAUGCUGUAUUGCGUACACUAAUUGCUUGAUCAUAUAUAGAAUUGUAUUUAUUUUUGAAAACAAGACAUUUUUUACUGAUUUGAUGUUAGUUCUUUUAAUAAGGAGAAAUGUUGCAUGCAUAUAACAUCUAAUAAACAAUUACUGAAAAUAUGUGCUGCUAUUGGGAAUACAAAACAAUGUUAUGAUCCUGAGCUGUUUUGUAACAUACUAGAUUGCCUUAAAAUGAGGAAGUCUAUUGAUUUUUAUACUAUAUGAAAAAUAUCAGUCGAAGUUGAUAUAUAGCCCCCUUAUAGCUGUAAUUGUAUUGCAGGGGUACAUAAAUAAUAUGGCAAUGAAGUAAAUGAUUAGCAAGUGAUAUUAUAGAAAGCAAAUCUCUCGCAGCACACAGGGGUACAAGGAGGGGGGAAAUGAGAAGUUGAGCGCACAGUUUCCUCCUAGGAUGUCCUGAUGACAAUGUUCAAUGAGUCAUAAACAAAUUGGCCUCUGAACUGAAACCAGUUGUUAACAACCUUUCUCUAAAAGUGUUUAUCUUUAACUGUUGUAUGAAAAAAUGAAAACAAAUAAAGUUGUGCUCAGGAUAAA